AUAUGUAUGAAGGAACUCCUCUUUAUCAAAUAAUUCAACCUAUUUCAGAAAGUUUGGGUUCGCCUCGCCUAUAUAAACAUUCAUUCCAAAAAGUGUAUCCUUUGAACAAAUAUUCAGAUGACUUUCUCCAAGUUUCUAAUGCAAGAAAUUCUCAAAAAUAUGAGCCAAAGCGGUUUUUAAAUAACUAUGACGAAUAUAAAAAUAAGGAGAAUUACCGUUCAUUUAUAAACAAGGAAGUUUUGGGAGAACACAUUUGGGACUUUUCAAAAGACGAGAUUUUACAUUUACAACCCACGCGCAAAGCAGGCUUUGAGCACAAGAUUGCAAAACGAGUGAAACCAAAACCAUCCUUAGAUGAAAAAGAAAGUUUCAUUUCAAGCAGACCUCUUGUGGGAAAGCUAUUAAAACCAAAAAAGAUGCAGUGGCAGAAUAACCGAAACGUACUUGCAAGUCCUAAUACCGCUGAUUAUUACGAUUAUAACAAGCAAAGAUAUUUCGUAACUGUGCCCAAUUACUGUGUUAUAUACUCUGGUGGAAAUCUUUGCAAAAUGGAAAUCUGCGAAAUCAAUAUUCACUUUAUACCUCUUCCAUUAUUUUAUGGCAUAAACGUGAAGAAAGGCGAUUUACAUAAUUCCACUGAAGUUAAUGAAAAAGCAUUACCCCAAGCAUCCGCUAAGGCGGAUAAAAUCGUUAACGUGGAGGAGAAGGAGACUAUUUUGACGACAAUACCGGAUAUUGAAGACAGAACUUUCAAAACUAUGUUACAUGCAGCAAAAGUUCACUCUGGUAUGGUAAACGAUCGAGUAAACACAAGCGCGAAUAGGAAAUAGGAAUUUUUAUACAUGCGACAGCUGUUCAUAAACAAAAUAUGAAAAUUCUUUUGAUCGCUCUUAAUUGCU